AUGUCGUCCUCGUUGCUGCUUCUGGCAGCAUUGUGGACGGUGACGACUGCUCAGGUGCUGACGCCAAGUCUGCUGACGAUUUCGCAUCGUAAACCUAUUCGAGCCAGUUCCACAUGCGGUGAACACAAUGGGCAACCGAUCAACGAAGUGUAUUGUUCUCUAACAGGCUCCACACAAUAUUCACCACUGAACUACUACUCAUAUCAGGAUGACACCACACAUCCACUGGCUUACAGAGAAAUGCAACUUCGCCUUCAGGGCGGUCAUGGAUGUGGCCAUUGUAUGGCUGGCACGGAAAACGCUCAUCCGGCUGAGAACAUGGUUGACGGUAAUACCAGUUGGUGGCAGUCUCCACCAUUAUCAAGAGGAAUGGAAUUCAAUCAUGUGAACAUCACUAUUGAUCUUGAGCAGGAGUUCCACGUGGCCUACGUUUGGAUCCAAAUGGCCAACAGUCCGAAGCCAGGGACAUGGAUUCUGGAAAGAUCAACUGAUUACGGAAAGACAUUCCAGCCGUGGUACUACUUUGCUGAGACACCUGCUGAGUGCAUGAGGCGAUUUGGGAUGGAAUCCCUGUCACCUAUCUCUGAAGAUGAUCGAGUUGUCUGCCGAUCGGAUUUGGCUGGGAUACAUCCGCUUGAGAACGCUGAGAUGGUGAUCAAAAUUCUCGAACAUCGCCCGAGUCGUUUCAAAUUUUCAUCGUCAGAAGCUCUUCAAAACUUUACCAGAGCUACAAACGUCCGUCUACGCCUUCUGGGAACUCGAACACUUCAAGGACAUCUGAUGGACUUGAACGACAGAUCUGAUCCGACGGUUACCAGACGGUACUUCUACUCAAUCAAAGAAAUUCUGAUGGGUGGACGAUGUGUAUGUAACGGUCACGCUGGUACUUGCGACAUCUUGGACCCAAGAAGGCCACGUACUUUACUCUGCAGAUGCGAGCAUAACACCUGUGGUGAUAUGUGUGAACGAUGUUGUCCAGGAUUCCUCCAGAAAAAAUGGCAACCUACCACGGCCCAUAAUAACUUCACCUGCGAACCUUGCAACUGCUUUGGACGAUCCGACGAAUGUGUCUAUGACGAGGACGUCUUCGUAAAUAGACUUUCUCUCGACAUUCAUGGAAAUUACGAAGGUGGUGGUCGAUGUCUGAAUUGUCGGGACAACACGGAAGGUGUCAACUGCAAUAAGUGUGUGUUCGGUUACUAUCGACAACAUGGUGUUCACUGGAACGACACGAUGCCUUGCAAACCAUGCAGAUGCGACCCGAACAAGCACACCGGUGAUUGUGAAGAAGGCACCGGUAAAUGCUUUUGCCAGCCACGAUUCCAAGGGGAUAAUUGCGAUCAGUGCGCUCCUGGUUACUACGAUCCACCAGAGUGUAAACAAUGUGAAUGCGCAGUAGACGGCACAUUGGAUGGGACUUGUUUGCCCGAAGGUGGUCAGUGCCCUUGUAAGCCUGGUUUCGGUGGCACAUUCUGUGAAACAUGUGAGCCCGGUUUCACGAACGUCACAGCUGGCUGCAAAGAAUGUGUUUGCGAUGAGACCGGUGCUGCACACACGAAUUGCUCCGCCACGACUGGACAAUGUGUUUGUAAGCCGUCGUUCAGCGGCCUUCAUUGUGACAGCUGCCAGAUUGGCUUCUAUGGGUUCCCGAACUGCACUUUCUGCAACUGCGAUCCUGUUGGUACUGAAGGGGGCAUAUGUGAUCAACAUUCGGGACAAUGUAUGUGUAAAGAUGGAUUCGUUGGAGAGAAAUGUGAUCAAUGCGAUAUUGGUUACUAUGGGUAUCCAAAUUGUAAAGAGUGCAACUGUAUGGGAGCUGGUGCUAAGGCUCUGGAGUGCGAUGCAACCACUGGUCAAUGCCCAUGCUAUGCUAAUUUCACGGCUAGGACUUGUGACAAAUGUGCUGUCGGGUUUUAUGACUACCCUAAUUGUAAAGCCUGCAGCUGUCUGAUAGAAGGAGCCAAAGGACAAGCGUGUGACAGCAAAGGGCAGUGUUACUGUAAGGGCAAUUUCGAGGGAGAGCGCUGUGAUCGAUGCAAACCAAAUUUCUACAACUUCCCUGCUUGUGAAGAAUGUAAUUGUCAUCCAGCUGGAGUAACGCCAGAUUUUGCAGGAUGUGACAAGGUACAACCAGGAGAACUGUGCUCAUGUAGAAAGAACGUUGAUGGUAGAAUUUGCGACCAAUGCAAGCCAACCUUCUGGGACCUACAAUAUCACCAUACCGAUGGAUGUAUCGAGUGCGACUGUAAUCUGAAUGGUACAUUGGCGAUGUUGAAUACGUGUGAUUUGAAGUCUGGACAAUGCCACUGCAAGCGUAAUGCUGCUGGACGACAAUGUGACAAAUGUGCUGAUGGGUUCUAUAACCUGGAAGGCUUUAAUCAGCUGGGUUGCCAACCUUGCAACUGCGAUAUUGGUGGAGCUCUCAGGGCAGACUGCGAUGGUGUAACUGGGCAGUGCCGUUGCCGUCCACGUGUCACUGGAUUGCGAUGUGACAAACCGAUUGACAACCACUACUUCCCUACCUUAUGGCAUCAUCAGUACGAAGCUGAGGAUGGUCAUACAGACGACCAGCGGCCAGUUCGUUUCGCUGUCGAUGAAUCACAGUUCCCAUCAUACAGCUGGAGAGGCUACGCAGUGUUUUCACCAAUUCAAGAAAAAAUUGACAUGGACAUCGAUGUGGCCAAGGCAUCUGUCUAUCGACUUCUGUUCAAGUACCAUAAUCCAACUAUGGUACCAAUUACAGCUGUUGUAGACGUUGCACCAAAAAUGACGCAUACGCAGGACAUUGCACAAUCGGAAAAAGUCACCUUUGCCCCAACGGACUCGCCAUCAGUCAAAGAAGUGACUGUCGCUGGGAAGCCGUUCGUUCUGAAUCCUGGAAAAUGGACGCUUAGCGUUGGCACGAAACAACGACUAUUCCUGGACUAUGUGGUCGUACUGCCUGCAGAGUACUACCUCGGCACUAUUCUGAAAGAACGUGCAGCCCCACCAUGUGAAGCGAACAACGCCCAUAACUCGACAUGUGUAGAUCUUCUCUAUCCUCCGAUGGCUAUAGCGGCUAGGGUUGAUGUCACCGAGAAUACGGACACAUUCAAAGAAGUAAAGAUGGAUGGCACGACAUCCGACUUGAGUAUGGUGCCUAUAGAGUUACUCCCUGAGAUCAUUGGCCCGGCAUCCUAUGUUCAGACAGGAGAUGAGGGUAAAGUCAUUGAGACCAAAAUCGAGGUGCCCGAAGACUAUGACUAUGCAGUAGUCGUGGAAUACCACAAUCACAGGAGAUCUCGGCUCCCUGUAGCCGUUGAAGUGGAUCAAGAAGGAAAUGUGAAACUGAACGGCACUAUCACUAUCCACAACUGCCCUUUUGCAACAUUCUGCCGUGAAGUGGUAUCAGAAGGCGGCAUGGUAGCUACGAUCCCGUUGAAGAAAGGACCGGCCACAGUUCAGCUGCAUGUACCACCAUCGGCUGAUUUCGGACUCGCCUCUAUAAAUCUGAUCUCUAAGAAUGAAUGGAAUAAGGAGUAUCUCCAACAGGUACCGGUAUGUAUACGUAAAGACGGGCGAUGUGUUCCUCAACAGUAUCCACCGGCUGGAAAUUCGAUUGUAGCUGAAGCAGAAGCUGGUCAAGAAGAUCCGAUAUCAGGAGACAAACUACCAUUCCCUAUAGCAAAUCCUAAAGACGUGGUUGUAAUGCCGUUGGAUGAGAGCCAGGGAACCCUCGAAGUGACCGGUGUCGUACCUGCUCGUGGUCAUUAUAUGUUCCUCGUGCACUAUUUCAAUCCAGAUAAUACUCCACUCAAUGUUGGUGUGGUGUUACAGAAUGAUCACUUCUUCGAGGUAAAACUAUCUUUUCCAGCUACCGUACCAUUGGCGUACUGCCCAUCUGUUAGCGGAUGCAGGGCGCUGAUCAGAGAUAAGGAGAAGCCAGAGGUGAUCCAAUUCUGGAUGGAGGACAAAUACACAGCGACUCUCUACCAUAACAACACUCAAAAAGGACCAAUCUUCAUUGAUUCGAUUACUGCCGUACCAUUCCAUUCCUACAACGAGAACCUGAUGAAACCGUUGCCUAUCGACCUCUCCUCGGAAUUCAUUCAACAAUGUAGCGCUGAUUUCUAUCAGAAUGAUCCUCAAACCGUCAGCGAUUUCUGCCGUGAAAAGAUCUUCUCAUUGACUACAGACUUCAAUGCAGCUGCAUUCUCGUGUGACUGUAAUCCAAGGGGCUCCGAAUCGUUCUGUUGUGAUGAGUAUGGUGGGCAAUGCAAGUGUAAGCCGAAUAUCAUUGGCCGUCGUUGUGAACGAUGUGCUCCUGGCCAUUACAACUAUCCAGAAUGUAUCAAAUGUAAAUGCAGCGUUGGUCAACAAUGUGAUGAACAGACUGGUCAGUGCUUCUGCCCGCCACAUGUCGAAGGCACCUCCUGCGAUAAGUGCGUGAGCUAUGCGUUCGGAUACGAUCCUCUCAUCGGGUGUCAGAAGUGCGGCUGUCACAUACAAGGUUCUGAAGGCGCUUCACUUCAAUGCGACCCCAAUAGUGGGCAAUGCUUGUGUCGCGAAUCGAUCGGUGGUCGCCAGUGCGACCGUUGUCUGGCCGGAUUCUAUGGUUUCCCUCACUGUUACAGCUGUAGAUGUAAUGCUGCAGGAACUACCGAGGAGAUCUGUGAUCCAUCCACAGCUCAAUGUACUUGUAAGGAAAAUGUCGGCGGUGCAGGAUGUGACACUUGUAAAUCGGGUACAUUCGAUUUAUCACCGGAUAAUCCAAAAGGAUGUAUUAACUGCUUCUGUUUCGGUACAACCGAUCAAUGCCGUUCCAGCAUGUUCCCUGUCUCUAUUAGUUCUGUUGAUAUGUCCAUGUUUACCACUAACGAUCCUUCUGGAGUACUAGAUUUCGAGAAUGACAUCGUCACCUACACAGCCACAGAUAACUCAACAGCUAGUGUCUACUUCAAUGUUCCUAUAGAACACGGCGCUGACUAUACAACCAGUUAUGGUCUACUGUUGUAUUUCCAACUAUCUGUUCAACCACGAGAUGAACACCCACGGAUGAGUACUGAUGCUGAUGUUCGCCUUUAUGGUAACAAUAUGACUGCCGAAUUUUGGGCACCCGAACAGCCGGCUGAUCCAAGAGAGGCUUUCAAUGUCCGGGUGAAACUUGUUCCGGAGAAUUUCUUGUCAGCCAGUGGGCAACCGAUAACCCGUAACGAUCUCAUGAUGAUUCUGCACUCACUACAGAACAUUACGCUCAAAGCAUCCUACUACAGUAACCCAAGUGAAGCUCAACUUAUUGACUUUGGACUGGAACACUUCCCUCUGUCGGCCAUCAAGGCUUCAUCGGUCGAACAGUGCGUUUGCCCAGCUCCGUACACCGGAGCUAGUUGUCAGCAUUGCGCUCCGGGCUACUACCGUGUACAGAGUGGAUCGUUCCUAGGCGCUUGCGUUCCAUGUGAAUGCAAUGGGCAUUCAGGAUCUUGUGAUCCAGAUACAGGCGUGUGCUUCGACUGUCAACACAGUACCCAUGGGGAUCACUGUGAGCUUUGCGAAGAAGGACACUAUGGAGAUGCCACCGAUGGCAGCCCUUACUCUUGCAUGCCAUGCCAAUGUCCAUUUUCGCCUACGAAUAACUUCGCUACGGGUUGUCAGGUGUCGGAAUACGGCCAGCUUCUCUCGUGCGACUGUAAACCCGGCUAUGCUGGAGACCGUUGUGACAGAUGUGACGCCGGAUACUUUGGCGAACCUCAACGCCCUGGAGGCUCAUGCCAACCAUGCGACUGUAAUGGCAAUAACAAUCUGACAGAUUCGAGAGCUUGUCAUCCAGUCACUGGUGACUGCUAUCUCUGCGAGAGAAAUACCGAUGGUCGAAAAUGCGAGUAUUGCGCUCAGUGGUACUACGGUGACGCUGUGGCUGCAAAGAACUGUACUGCAUGUACAUGCGAUCAGUGCGGUUCGGCAAUGUGUGACAAUCAAGUUGGAGAAUGCCAGUGCAAGCCAAAUGUGGAAGGAUUAAACUGUGACAGAUGCAUUCCCGACCACUGGGGUUUCUCACGCUGUGGUGGAUGUCAUCCAUGCCAUUGCGGUGUCGCCUCAUCCUCCAGUCAAUGCGAUGACGAAACCGGUCAAUGCCAAUGUCGACCAGGAGCUGUUGGAUUGCGUUGUGAGCACUGUGAACAUGGAUUCUGGAACUAUGGCGAAUACGGCUGCCAAAAAUGCGACUGUGAGGCAGAUCUUUCGAUGGGUACGGUAUGUGAUGUACGAACUGGGCAGUGCCACUGUCAGGAAGGAGCCACCGGAGCUCGUUGCGACCAAUGUCUUCAGUCAUAUCUGAGAAUUCCAACUUUCGGAUGCCGACGUUGCGAUGAAUGUGUUCAUCAUCUGGUGUCCGAUGUGGAUAAUCUCGGUCUUCAUAUCAAUCAUUUGAAUGUGUCGAUUGGUAAUAUCUCAUCGGCUACGGUAGUUGGAGCCAGACUUAGCCGGAACUCGAAGAACGUUGCAAAAUACACGGUGAGUAUGUGCUCGGCGAAGAAGCGGCUUAAACCUUCGAAGCACUCUCUGAUCAAUGAUAUAACUAGUUACUGCUUAGCAGUAAAAGGCUUCGCCGAUAACGACUUCGAAAGGGCCAUGAAUAUGACAGAUACGGCCGGGGAAGUACUGCAAGAUAUUCGUCGCCGAGCAGCGAAUCUAGUCGCUUCUCUGGGAAGCCAUUCGUCAGCGCUGAUCAUCGACCCCAAAUGGGUGGAAUAUGCCGAAGAGACGUUGCAUCAACUGGAAGCGGCGACAUUUAGUGACGGCAAGCCUGAAGAAGCUACGAGAGUACCAAAGAAGAUCGCGGAAGUACAGGAAGAGCUGAACCAACGCAAAGAAAAGUUGGACGGAUUGAAGGAGAAGCUUGAAAAUGCCUACAAAAACGUACUUUUUACUUACUAUUCAUUUUUUACUUUAUAUUCUUACCAUAAGUACACUAAACGUUCUUUUAUGAUAUUCGGUGUGCUACUAGAGGUUAGUAACAGCUAUGAAAUCUCCAUUUCUUGGAAAACUUUCAAAUUUCAGGUCAAAAAUCUUACCGAACAAGCAAAAGAUGCACUGGAGUCUGUGGGUAACUCGCUGACGAAUUUGGCCGAAGUCCGGGCAGAACUCGCUGAAACUGUUGAACCAAAACGUGAGAAACGUCAAGCCCCCUAUGAUUCGGCUGAGGUGGCUGCCAAGAUCGUGGAGCUGGAAAUCGAGGCUGCGAAAUUGCAACACAAUUUUGGUUCAGCCAAAUUGGAGUCACAGAAUGCUGUUGAAGCUGCCACUGCCUACAGCAACCUCACCGAUGCUCUGACGAAUGCUCAGGAAAAGGCGCAGUGGACAAUUAAUGAGAUGGAUGAUUUGAGCAAGGGCUUACAAGAGAAGGUUUGUGGCUUUUUCCUGACACUUUUCUGUAUGGCCGACCUAGAGGCUCUGCUAUUUCAGCUUUCUGUCCUGGUCCCAAAACUGAUGGAAUCGUACGAUAACAUGCACAAUAGCGCUACGAAUCGUACAGCCAAAGUGGAAGCCUGUGUGGAUAAAAUCGCUGCCCUCAAGGAACAAAUCGCUGUGGCCAGAGAUGCUGCCAAUAGGGUAUGUUUCCCUAUUCCUUCGAAUUCUUGCACAAGUAUUCAAUUCGACGACGGCGCCAAUUUCGAAAUGGUUGUUCCUGUUCCUGCAGGUAUUCCGCUGUUCUUCGGUAACGAGGAAGGAUCCGCUGGUACCCGAGCUGUGCCCACCGAUGACUUUAUUGCUGUUGAAAUCGAAUAUGGGCAGCCAAAGGUUACCAUCAAUCUAGGAGAAAAGCCUCUGGUCAUCAAAUUGAACACGCGAGUUGCGGACAACCAAUGGCGUCAGCUGAGCGUUGAACGAAUUGGAAGAUCGGCAACAGUCAAACUAUAUAAGCCGAACAGCGAAGAGGUGGAAGAGGUAAAGAAGGGUACGGCUGAAGGAAACAAGAGCAUUCUUAACUUGCAUCAGACGAUGAGUCGUCUGUUCGUCGGAGGGAUACCAGCUGGCAGUAGGAUUGCUAAAGAUGUACGCAACCGAGCAUUCGAAGGUGAUAUUGAGGAUCUGACUCUACACGGUGAACCAGUCGGGUUGUGGAAUGCCAAGACCGGAGGCGCAGUGGCAGUUCGAGGUGCCGAGCCUCGCCCACCUAUUCCAUCAAUUAUUGAUCGAUUUGUCUCAGGAGUCUCUCUGAAUGGUGAUGGCUACAUUGUUUACCAAAUGGGUUACUGGAAUCCUCGAAAACGAGCAAUCUUCUCUCUGUCCUUCCUCACCUUCUCACCAGAUGGCUUACUGUUCUUCAUAGGAAAAGACCGUGACUUCUUUGCGUUGGAGCUGUCGGCUGGAAGUGUAAAACUGUCUUUGGACUUCGGGUCCGGUGCAGCACAAUGGCUCGCUGAUGCCAUCACCUACAACGAUGGCCAAUGGCAUACAGUAGCGGUGGCUAGAGAUGAGCGGCAUGUGAAGAUGGAAGUCGAUGGAGUCACGGUAGCUGAAGGCGACGCUCCUGGCGACAUGUCCACGCUAAGCGUUACUGACUACCUCUACCUGGGAGGAACACCAACUGGUGUCAAUACACGCUCACCCAUCGAACCGUUCCGUGGCUGCAUCAAAUCUGUUCGUCUAGGAUCGGAUGAAAUGGAUCUAUAUGCAAGCUACGCCAGUAAAGGAGUGAGGAACGCAUGCCCACUUGGCACUGUGAAUACGGUAUCGAUCUUAUCAGAUCGAUCGACGGCUGUGUUCGAGAAUAUCACAGCUUCUAAUGAGAUGGAUGUAUCGCUACGCUUCAAAACUCGUCGUUCAACUGGUACUCUGCUGACAAUUCAGUCAGAUGAGGACGACCUACUGUCGCUGAAGAUUGAAGACGGAGUUCUCGUGGCAACAGCUGGGGACGAUAAGGUUUCCCUGGAACUGGCAUCAGCGGCUGAUGAACAAUGGCACUAUGUGUCUGUACGUAAGACCAAGGAGAUACUUCGAGUAGACGUGGACGAUCUGCAUUCAAAGGAAGAACGACGUGCCAACGGUGAUGAUGUGGCGCCGGGCGAAAUGGCCAGAAUCCUAUUCGGACGCCACGAUACGGCCUCAUUCGUUGGAUGCGUUGGCGAUGUGUCGUACAACGGAGAACUACUUGACUUUGCUAAGGCCAAAAUCCACGAAGUAUCCCUGACUGGCUGCUCCUUGGCCGCCGACGUCGUCAAGACCACGGUGUCAACAACUUCUGAAUCAGUGCCGACAACCCUUGAGACUGUUGCUGACGGCGCCUGCGCUUUGGGAUUGGAUCCUCGGCCGCCGAAGGACGAAGUGGACGGAACGCGUUUCGGUCUACAGCCCAACAGUCGUCUGGAGUAUGAGGUUAUGCCGGACUCGUUUGAUAAGAGCGGUACAUUCUCGCUACAAAUUCGUCCCUCCGCUUUGAAUGGAGUGAUCAUGUUUGCUGCAAACGACAAACAUACUGAUCACAUUGGACUGUUCCUGCUUAAUGGACGUCUCGUUCUGUCGUUCGACACCGGAUCCGGACAAACCAUUAUCCGCUCGAAUCGUUCCAUCCUGAAUGGCGAAUGGCACUCAGUGAAGGCAUCACGACGUGGAAGCGAAGGUCUCCUGGUCGUUGACGAAGAAUCCACUGAAGCUGUGGUUUCGGCUGGCACGGAUGCCAUCGACACACAGCCACCACUCUACCUUGGUGGCAUACCGAAUGAACUGGCCAGUUACGCCAGAACGAUUGUACCGGGUGUGAGAACUGAAUUCGGCGGAUGCAUUAGGGAAUUCAAACUGAAUGACAAAAAGUUUGACACCAUCGCUCGUGACCAUGGAAUCGGAGAAUGCAGUGUUAAAACGGAAAGCGGGCUGUACUUCGGCAAAGAAGGUGGCUAUGCGAUCCUCAGAAAAGAAUUCGAGGUCGGCAAGUCAUUCUCCGCUGAGCUGGAAGUACGUCCACGUACCCAGAAUGGUGUAUUGUUCUCAGUCGGUGUUAUCGAAUACCUGACUGUGCAGAUCCUAAACGGAAACGUUAAGUUCACUGUCAACAGUGGUUCGGGAGAUGAGUCACUGAUUUAUACUCCACCCUUAGCAAACACCAUAUGUGAUGGCCACUGGCACUCGAUCAAGAUCAUGAAAAAGAAGAACCUAAUGACCCUUACUGUUGACGGUAAAAGUAACUUGAACAUCAUGAAAAGAGGCAAAAAACACGAGACUGUCACCAAAGAUCCAAUCUAUCUUGGUGGUGUACCGGAGUCUGUCGUCAGCAAGGGCUUGGAAACUCGUGAGCCAUACGUUGGAUGUAUGCGUAUUAUGAAUCUGGGAGGUGGCAAGAAGGAUAAAAUGAGACGAAAGAAGCAACUUGACGUUUCCAUGUUGGAUAUCUACGGCAACGUCAACAAGCAGGAAUGUCCACUGAACUGA